AUGUCGGAUUUGGAGGAUGAUUUGUUGGCAUUAGCCGAAGGGGACGAUUAUGAAUCAGAAGUUGAGCUAUCUACUUCGAAGCGUCACGCUACGCAAGGUGAUUCUGAGAGCGAAGAGGAUACAGUUUUGACAAAACGUCGAAGAAUGGAGUUUGAUGAUGAAGAAGUGGAAGGCCACGUGUAUCAUGAUGAUAGCGAGGCGGGGAAGGGAGAAAUAGGAGGCUCGGGGGAUUACGAUUCAGAUGCAGGGUAUGAGCCCGAGGAGGACGCAGAGUUGGUGAAUCCAUAUCCAUUAGAAGGGAAGUAUAAGGAUGAAAAAGAUCGAGAGGAAUUGGAAGAGAUGGACGAAAUAAAAAGAGAAGAGAUAUUGUUUGAAAGAUCCCAGGAGAUGGAUAAGUACAAUGAGCGUAAUUUCUUACAGCAAAGAAUCAAGCAACAAGAAAAACAACAAAGAAUCAAGCAACAAGGUGAAAAGUUGAGGACCUCGAGUCGUAACAAGACCGCUGGAGUCAAAUUGGAUAAAGAACACAAGUUGAGUGAAUUGAAAAAGCAAAGAGAAAAACACUCAAGAAGGAGAAGGACGAAAAGUGAGUAUGGGGAAGGAUCAGAAGGAGAAGAAGAAGAACAAGAAGAAGAACAAGAAGAAGAACUGGAAGAGAUCAUCUCUGAUGAUGAAGACUAUUCCGAUCUCGACAAACCGGUAUCUUGGGGUGGUAUUUCCAAAUCGAAACAUGCAAAGUCAACAGAAGUGGGGAAAUUUGAAGAUGUUAACCGAAUAAGAGUUGGAAGAAGUUUGCUAACCCAAUAUUGUUACCACACGGGGUUUGAAGAAGCUGUAACUGACACGUAUGCCAAAAUAUCUGUUGGUAUGGAUAAAGAAACCAAGAGACCGAUAUACCGGAUGGUGAAGAUAUGCGACAUACGAUCUAGACCCGAACGGCCCUAUAGAAUUGGGAAUGCGAAAUACGACUUGGAAUUUCUAGUAAGUCAAAACAAGCAUCAGAAGAAGGUGUUUCCGAUGAAUGUAUUUUCUGACUCUCCGAUAACUCGGGAGGAGUUUGAGAAAUAUCUACAACAAUUGGAGAAAACUGGAGAAAAGUUUGAUUUGUUGGACGAUAUCAAUGAGAAAUUCAAUCAACUUGAUAGUUUGUACAAUACAGGAUUGACAGAUAAGGAUGUUAACAACAGAAUUGCUAGAAAACAGCAAAUGCAGCAAGCUAAAGGUAGUUAUACAGCAUUUGAAGCAGUUCAAGCCAAAUCAAAGUUAAUGGAGGAGUUGAAAAUAUAUAAACAAGAAGGUAAUCUAAAAGAAACACAACGAAUAAUUCAGGAGUUGAAAUCGAUAGAUGAGAUAUUGGAUCAACAAACGUCAUCGAGUAUCCCACAAUCACAAAAUCAGAGUAUUGCAAAAGUGAAUGAACGUAACAGGAAAUUGAACUCCACAAAUAUAAGAAAAGCGGAAUUGAAAACAAAGAAUAACUCUACGGUAGCAGGAGCAGCAGGAGCAGCAGGAGGAGCAGCAGGAAAUUUGGGAGAUUACAUUAGCGGGGACCCAUUCUCUAGGUUAAAGACAAAUACCAGAAUGUUUUACCAAGAUUUAAUUAAUCAAGAGAAUGCAAAAGCGUUAAAGAGCAUUAAUAUGAAAGAGUUGAUUGAGGAGAAGAGCAAGCAAGAAACGGAAAUUGCCAAAUCAACAUAUCGAAACUUGAGUGAAAUGGACAAAUUGAUUAGACUGAUUGAUUUUGAUUUUGAAUUAGCUGUAUAA